GGCGCUGCCCCGGGCCCGGGGAGGGGCGAGGGCGCGGUCGGGGCCGCCGGGCUCUUCCCUCCAACUCCUCCUCCUCUUCCUCCUCCUGCCGGCCGCCCGCCGGUGCCGGCGGACCGGGCGGAGCGGAGCGGGCUGGGCCCGCUCGCAUCCCUCCGCAUCACCCUUCCCGGCUCCGCCUCGCCGAGGAGCGGGGAGCUGCCGGGCUGCUCGCUGAGCCCGGUAAGCGGCAGACGCGGAGCCGCCUUCUCCGGAGAGACCUGGCUGGUCCGGCCGCCGAUGACACCGCGCUGCCGCCGCCAAGGAGGAAGGUGCUGAUCCAGGAUUUGCUGCCCAUAGGCUCAGUGGGAUGAUGCCAGCUGGCCAAGAGCCCCCCACACCCCUCACCGUGCCAAUGUGACUGAGCCAGCCCAGCCCUGCAAAUACAGCAGCUUGUGGCCACCCCAAAGUGGGCCCUGCUGCCUGAAGAUGAGCGAUGGCGGGUGGAUCUCCCUCAGCCCUGCCGAGUUCACACAGCUCCAGCAGUACACGGACUACUCCACCAAGAAGCUCAAGGAUGUCCUGGAGGAAUUCCACGGGGAUGGCGUCCUCUCGAAGUACAACCCUGAACAGCCCAUUGACUAUGAGGGCUUUCACCUCUUCAUGAAGACCUACCUGGAGGCAGACGUGCCUGAAGAGCUUUGCCAACACCUCUUCACCUCCUUCAAGCGUAAGAUAUGUCAAGCCUCCCCUGAGACCCAGCGCCAGAGCCCUGGCGUCUCGCAGCACAACACCCUUGGGAUCAAUGGGAAAUCGCUUCUAAGUGCCCUAGGACGACACACUCCAGAGCCAAAGAGCUGCCAAAGCAACACAGCUGAGCCGCAGCCGUCAUCCCUCACCCCGGCAUCGAUCCCCAGUGCCUCCCCCAGCUGGUCCAGGUCAUCUUCCCAGAAGUCCACCACUGGCACCCCUUCUGCUCACAACUCCUCUGGCUCCUCAAAGAUCUCCUCCGGGUCCCUGCUCAGCCCUCAGUCACCAGGCAUGAGAGGCGUGGAGAAGAGGUUACCCUUCAGCCUGCGGAAGAGCCACAGCUCCCUGAAAGCUGCCCCCCCACAUCCCCCUGCACCCCUGGCACAAGUGGUCCACCUGAAGGACAUCGUCUGCUACCUGUCCCUGCUGGAGAGGGGGCGGGCUGAGGACAAGCUGGAGUUUAUGUUUCGCCUCUAUGAUACUGAUGGAAACGGCCUCCUGGACAGCUCGGAGCUGGAUCGUAUCAUCAACCAAAUGGUCCAUGUGGCUGAGUACCUGGAGUGGGACUCCACUGAGCUGAAGCCUAUCUUGAAGACAAUGAUGGAGGAGAUUGACUACGACCAUGACGGGACCGUGACGCUGGAGGAGUGGAUCCGGGGAGGCAUGACCACCAUCCCCUUGCUGGUCCUUCUAGGGAUGGAGACAAACGCGAAGGACGAUGGGCAGCAUGCCUGGAGGCUGAAGCACUUCAAGAAACCUGCCUACUGCAACUUCUGCCACACCAUGCUGCUGGGGGUCCGCAAGCAGGGCCUCUGCUGUUCCUUCUGCAAGUACACGGUCCACGAGAGGUGUGUGUCCAAAGAUAUCGCCUCCUGCAUCAGCACCUACGUGAAGUCCAAGAGAAACACAAGCGUGAUGCAGCACACAUGGAUCGAGGGCAAUUCCCCUGUCAAGUGUGACAGAUGCCACAAGAGCAUCAAGUGCUACCAGGGUAUCACUGGCCUGCACUGCGUCUGGUGCCAAGUUACUCUCCACAACAAAUGUGCCUCCCAUGUGAAGCCGGAAUGUGAUGGGGGUCCGCUGCGAGACCACAUCUUGCUGCCUUCCUACAUUUGCCCUGUGGUCCUGGACAGGCAGUCCCACUGCCGGAGAUCCGAGAGCGACUCCCCUGCCAGCACCAACCCCGAGGACAGCCAGGGCUUCAAGUUCAACCCCAGCACAGUGGAUGGGCAAGGACUGCAGAUCAGCCCACGGCCAGGGACACAUCCUCUCCUGGUGCUUGUGAACCCCAAGAGCGGAGGAAGGCAAGGGGAAAGGGUCCUUCGGAAGUUCCACUAUUUGCUCAACCCGCGCCAAGUGUACAACCUGGACCGUGGCGGGCCUGCGCCAGGGCUGAGCUUCUUUCGGGACACUCCAGAUUUCCGCGUCCUGGCCUGCGGAGGAGAUGGCACGGUCGGCUGGAUCCUGGACUGCAUAGACAAGGCAAACUUGGCAAAGCACCCACCAGUGGCCAUCCUGCCCCUAGGAACGGGCAAUGACCUGGCCCGGUGCCUGCGCUGGGGAGGAGGCUAUGAAGGAGGCAACCUGAUGAAGGUCCUGAAAGACAUUGAGCACAGCACAGAGGUGAUGCUGGACCGCUGGCAGAUAGACGUCAUUCCCAGUGACAAGGAGGCCAACGGAGACCCUGUCCCAUCCACCAUCAUCAACAACUACUUCUCCAUUGGGGUGGAUGCCUCCAUCGCCCACCGCUUCCACAUCAUGCGAGAAAAGCACCCUGAGAAAUUCAACAGCAGAAUGAAGAACAAGCUGUGGUACUUCGAAUUCGGGACAUCAGAGACCUUUGCAGCCACCUGCAAGAAGCUCCACGACUAUGUUGAAGUGGAGUGUGACGGGACCAUGCUGGACCUGAGUAACACAUCCCUGGAGGGCAUCGCUGUCCUCAACAUCCCCAGCAUGUACGGCGGCUCCAACCUCUGGGGUGAGACCAAGAAGCAGCGCGGUUACAGCCGGCUGGGCAAGAAAGUCCCUGAGAAGCUGCAUGCCACGGUGGUCACUGAUGCCAAGGACCUCAAGUUCUGUGUGCAGGACCUCAGCGACCACCUCCUGGAGGUGGUGGGGCUGGAGGGUGCGAUGGAGAUGGGGCAGAUCUACACAGGGCUGAAGAGUGCUGGGAAGAGGCUGGCCCAGUGUUCAUCUGUCACCAUCAGGACAUCCAAGCUGCUGCCCAUGCAGGUGGAUGGGGAGCCCUGGAUGCAGCCAUCCUGCACAGUCAAAAUCACACAUAAGAGCCAAGUGCCGAUGCUGCUGGGCCCCCCCCAGAAGAGCAGCUUCUUCUUCCUGAAGAGAAGAAACCGAACUCGAGAAUAAGCAGUGUGCAAGGAGCCACAGCACAGAGGGGUCCCGAACACACACCCAGUGCAGGGGUCCCCCAAUCCCCACUCUGUGGCAGGGAGAGAAAACUCCCUCCCGAGCCCAGCGGGGAUGAUUUGUCCUAGGAAGGUCUUGGAGGUUCCUUCCCAACCACCACAAGCAUCUUCUCCAGGCAGAUGGAGGCGGAGGGCGAGGGCAGGCCGGCACACAGGGAGCAUGUUUGCCAGUGCAGCGCCAGGACUGGGUUUCCUUUCCCUCUAUUUAAAUGACGCCCGCCCCAGCAGCGCUGCAAAGGAACAUGCUCCGGAGCAAAG